CCCCAACCAGCCCUGGUGGCCCAGGCCUACAUGGGUAGUGGACAGUGACCUGAGAGCCCAAGCUGUGGCCACAGUGCCCCAGGGAGCAGAGAGGUACAGAGAGCGGAGGGGCUGAGCUGUAAGGCCAAGACGCAGGGGCAGCACUUUGGGAUCAGGGGACCCUGGGGAAGAGAGGGCCCCAGAGGUCCCCACCCCAUGCCUAGGUAAAGGAGAAAGGGAAGCUCAGAAGUCUAGGAGGCAGAGAAGAACACUGCAGUCAGGGUGAAUCUGACAGACAGUGAUCUGCCUAUCCAAGAAGGCAUCCAAGUGAGCAGCAGCCAUAGGAGUCAGGGAAGAUCCCUUCUGCAGGAAGAGCCAGCGCCCGCUUGCCCAGAGGGAAGACCAAGGCUGUCCUUUGCCCUGAAUGACAAAAACAGGCACUGAGGGCAAGCUGUGUCUUCAGGGCAGGAAGCUGGAGGAAUCAGCCCAGAUUUCCACAGCAAUGAGUGCCCGGGCUAUGCGACCCCGGAGCCGGCGUGGGAGGCACACUCUGCCGGGUGAACUGGACCCCGUGGCCGAGAGUUCUGAGGAAGGCGAGGUGGCUGGAGGGAGCUCGGGGCCCGGCAUUGUGCCCACACCUGGGAGCUCUGGACUGCAGUGGCUGGGGCCUGUGGGGGAGCUGGGUAGCCAUGACCCAGGGAACAGGGCCAACAAAGAGGCCGAGGAGGACGGGGAUAGGUCGCCAGCCUCUGCCCCAGAGGGCCCCCAGCUGUCCACAGGGGACGCGCACCAGGACCUGGAGGAGGUGGCCCUACAAGAUGAGGGUGCUGUCACUCCUGGGCAUGGAGAGUCUGAUGUGUUCCAGGCCCUGCAGCGCGCCCUGGACUCCCUGGAAGCCACAGCUGCUGCCUGGCGCCCAAGGCCCCUGAGUGGGCCUGGGCCUGGGGAGGUGGCAGGCGGGGUGGAGGGGACACCAGGGCCCGGGCAGGAGGCAGCCCGCUUGGCCGAAAAGAAUACCUGGCUGCAGCUGGCACUGGACACCCGGGAGGAUGAGCUGGCACAGGUGCGGGCCCAGAGUGAUGCGCUGCAAAGGGAGGUCCAGGAGCUGCAGGAUUCCCUGCAGAGGCUGCAGUCCACCUCACCUUCCCACCACAGCAGCACGGGUCGAGAUGUGUAUGGCGAUGCUGGAAGCUCUGGGGCUAAUGGGGUAGCCCGGGGGCUGCAGGGCCCUUCUUCUGCUCACCCCCUGCUCCGGCGCCUGCACAGCGAUCCCAGCGUCCACUCCCUCCGGCCUCCUCACCUGUGGCCCCAGGGCCCUGACACAAACACCCUGGAGCAGCAGGAGGAGCGGCUCCGGGGGAGCGUGGAGAAACUCAAGGGCUUCAACCGUCUGCUGCUGGCUGCGCUGCGGGGCGCCAAGGGCCGCUGCGAGGCGCUGAGCUUGCAGCUGAGCUGGCGCGAGUCCCAGGCCACCGCUCUGCGCCUGGCCCUGCAGUACAGCGAGGACCACGAGGAGGCCCUGGGCACCCUGCUCGGCCUGCGGGAGGCGCUCACUGCAGCCCCCGGGGGCGGCCUGCAGGUGGUGCAGGAGGAGGCGCGAAGGCUGAUGGCCCGGGAGGAGGCUCCGAAGCCCAGCUCCGGAGGCUGCAGCAAGGUUGCUACUACUCCACAGGAAGUGGCUGCUCAGCUUCAUGGCUAUGUGCAACGUCUCCGGGAGCGACGGGCCCUGGUGAAGGUUCCACCUGAGCCGGGUCCCACCUCUGCUCCCAAGCCAACCGCAGCCCAUGCAGAAGCCAUGGUACAGGCCAUUCUGGAGGCUCAGCCUGGCCCGGCCCUGCCCAGGCUGAAGAAGACACAAAUCCAACAGGACCUGGUGACCACACGGGAGACGCUUGCAGACCUGGUGCUGCAGCUGCAGCUGGCGAGGCGCGAGAAGAGGGGCCUGGAGCUGCGGGAGGCGGCCCUGCGCGCCCAGGCGCCUGCGCUGAGACUGCUGCUGGGCCAGCUGCGCUGGGAGAAGGCGCAGCUCGAGGCCGGGGACAACAGCGGCGGGGACAGCAGCGUGGGCGACAGCAGCGAGGAUGAGGAUGCAUGGCCCCAGGGCCUGGCCAUUGGCAGGGACAGAGGCCUGGGAUGCAGAGCGUGGGACCAGGAGCAGCUGACCCAAGACCUGGCAUCAUCCCUCAGCCGUGCCCAGGCCCUUCAGGAGCAGCUGCGGUCCCUCAGGGCACAGCUUGAGCAGGUGGCCCAGCAAGGCCGAGCAGGCCGGGCCCAGAGUGCUGAGCUGAGUGGUGACCUCUGCAGAACUAACAGUGCCCUGGUACUGGGCUUCCGGGGAGCCCACCGGAAACAAGAGGAGCAGCGCCGGAAGCUGGAGAAGCAGAUGACCCAGAUGGAAACCCGGCAGGCUGAGGAGCUGGCCAGGUUGGAAGCCAUGGCUGGAGCAUUGAGAAGACCCCAGCUGCACUCUCCACCACCACCGCUGGGGGAGACCCUUCUGUAGCUGGUGUCAUAAAGCAUCCUCCAGCAACACUGUUGUGCAAGGAGCAA